GAGAGCUCCGGCCCUCGCCUGACGCCUCUGCUGCUGAGAAAAAUGAUCAACAAGUCCCGAGGGAAGAUCCUCGGGGUGCUGGCGCUGUUCCUGGUGAUGGUUUGGUACUCGAUCUACCGGGAAGACAGGUACAUACAGCUCAACGGCCACCGGCUCCGCAACAGCUCCAUGGGGGAGACCAUCGACACCUACGACGUGGUGAUCAGGUUGAACAACGCCCCGGUCCACGGCUAUGAGCAGGACGUGGGCUCCAAGACCACCAUGCGCCUCUUCUACCCCGAGUCGGCCCACUUCGACCCCAGGGCGGAGAACAACCCCGACACCUUGCUGGUGCUGGUGCCCUUCAAGCCCGUGGACUUCCAGUGGAUGGAGGCCAUCCUCAACGACAAGAAGAGGGUGCGGAAGGGGUUUUGGAAACAGCCCCCGUUGAUCUGGGACGCCAACCCGGAGCACGUGCGCAUCCUCAACCCUUACUACAUGGAGGUAACCGCUGCUAAGCUGCUCAACCUCUCCAUGAAGCAACCACGGAAGGUCAAGCAGUCUCCUACAGAAGGGUUGUUGGCCAUCACCUUGGCGCUCCACUUCUGUGACCUGGUGCACAUCGCGGGCUUCGGCUACCCCGACUCGGCCGACAAGAAGCAGACCAUUCACUACUACGAGCAGAUCACGCUCAAGUCCAUGGCGGCGUCGGAGCACAACGUCUCGCACGAGGCCGUGGCCAUCAAGCGGAUGCUGGAGCUGGGGCUCGUCAGGAACCUCACCUAC